AUGUGGUUGGAGCGCUUCUCUGGCCAGUCGAGCCACUCUUCGCCGGCAGCGACCCCUAAUCGCUCAUUCUCACCGGCACCGAGACGAUCUAUACAGCUCGGCCCGAGUACACUACCACGUCGACCUGGUCUUGCACCUCGGACCUCUUCUUUGACUGCCGCAUCAUUCGGAGGCUCGACAGAGAGUCUUCCGGUCUCAGGGAGGAUACCAAAUGGCACCAACCUGAAGCAUGAGUUGGCGAGUGCGCCAGGAGUGGAUGUGGCUGAUCCACUGAAUGUGCUCUCGAGUAUACUAGGACGGUUAGGCGAUGAUCACGCGGAGAAGGAGGCAUCAGGUGCGGCCAAGAAGCCUGAUGAGCUCACAAUCGAUGUCGAGUUUGGUAGUCUCAGCCUGACCCAGUUUGCGGAAGGUGCAGACGGAGACAUCACACGGGACGACCACGAAUCCGGAAAGCACGAUAUACCAGUGAUCGAAGAUUUCGAAUCAGAGAAGAACAAGUUCGAAGACCUCCACAAGUCGAUAUUGGCAUGCGACGAAGUGUUGAAGUCGGUCGAGAAUUAUCUCACCAGUUUCCGGGCAGAUCUGGCGGCAGUCUCGUCUGAGAUCGAGCACUUACAGGAUCGAUCAACGCAAUUGAACAACAAACUGGAAAAUCGCAAAGCAGUAGAGAAAGUCCUAGGUCCCGAGGUCGAGGCUUUCGCCAUACCGCCAGCAAUCGUACGAAAGAUUGUGGAGGGAGUGGUAGAUGAUGGCUGGGUGAAAGCUCUUGAGGAGUUCGAGAAGCGCAUCAGGAGCAUUGACGCGAAAGCCAAGGAAGGCAAAGAUAUCAAGGCUGCACAGGACAUCAGGCCUUUCAUCGACGACGUCUCGACCAAAGCCGUGGAACGCAUACGCGAUUAUGUGGUCGCGCAGAUCAAGGCAUUGCGAUCGCCGAGCAUAAACGCGCAAGUGAUACAGCAAAGCGCUUUCUUAAGGUAUCGCAACGUCUUUGGCUUCUUGUCGACGCGACAGCCUCAGCUAGCCGAGGAGAUCUCGCAAGCUUAUAUUAAUACCAUGCGGUGGUAUUAUUCGAGUCACUUCACACGCUACAAAGCCUCUCUCGACAAGCUGAGCCUCUUUGUGGUCGACCAAACAGAUGUAAUAGCAGCGGACUCUGCGGCGAAACGAACAGCGAAAGCAGGCGCAAAGCAUGAUGCUUUUGCGAUUGGGCGGCGAGCGGAUAUCUUGCGUUCUGGGAAUGAGGCAGCUUUUCCUUCCUUUGCGGCUGAAGAGGACAAAAGUACACAUCACCUCGAGGUUGUAUUUCGAGCCUACAAUAUUGCACUCCUCGACAAUGCCUCUGCUGAGUACGGCUUCCUGGCUGAGUUCUUCACCAAGCAACCUUUUCACGCCACGAAUCGCAAGUUCACCGAAGCGUUCACACCUACAUUCCAACUUGGGCAAGAGCUCACGAAGCAGCUUGUAGAUGGCAGCAUGGAUGCCCUCGGAAUCCUGAUUUGCGUAAGACUGAACCAGCACAUGGCUUUCGAGCUUCAACGACGCAAGAUUCCAGCUAUGGAAGGCUACGUCAAUGCAACUAGCAUGGCACUCUGGCCACGUUUCCAAAAGGUCAUCGAUGCUCACUGCGAAAGCAUACGUAAGCUCACCACAUCUCUGCCUGGUAAGCCUGCAGGCUCAGCUCUGAGCUUGACCUCUUCACCAGCCACCGCGCAAAGUACUGCACCGCAUCCCUUGACUCAGCGGUUUGCAAACUUCCUCCAAGGGAUCCUGAGCCUGAGCAGUGAAGCCGGGGACGACGAGCCCAUCUCACACAGCUUGGGCAGAUUGCGAGCGGAUUUCGAGGCUUUCUUAGUCAAGUUGAGCAAAGGGACAGCGGAGCCGCGGAAGCGAGAGCGAUUCUUGUAUAAUAAUUACUCGCUGAUAUGUACGAUAUUGGGCGAUACUGAGGGCAAGAUGGCGGAUGAUUUGAAGUCGCAUUUUGAGGAGCUCAGGGAUAAGUUGGAGGGUGAUGCUUGA